AUGUCUGUAUUUCUCAGUAAUUUAUCAACAAAUGACUCUAGCCUGUGGAAAGAAAGACAUAAUUCGACGGACCUUUUAAAUCCACCAGGAACCGUGAAUAUCUAUCUUUUUUGCCUGACGUGCUUAAUGACUCUUGCAGCCCUGGCCGGCAGCAUUUAUUCACUAGUUUCCCUACUGAAAAUGCAGAACAGAACUGUUGUGUCCAUGCUGGUGGCUUCCUGGUCCGGGGAUGAUCUCAUGAGCGUCUUGUCGGUGACCAUCUUCAUCUUUUUGCAGUGGCCAAACGAGGUCCCUGACUACUUCCAGUCUCUGUGCACCACCUCUGCCUUACUAUAUUUAUGCCAGGGCCUCUCGAGCAACUUGAAGGCGACUCUCGUGGUCUCGUACAACUUUUACACAAUGCACAGAGCUGUAGGGAGCCAGGCAACCUCCAGAAGAUCCGGCCAGGUGCUCGGCGUGGCGUUGACCGUGUGGGCAGCCAGCCUGCUGCUCUCCGCGCUCCCGCUGUGCGGCUGGGGCGCCUUCGUGCGCACGCCCUGGGGCUGCCUGGCCGACUGCUCCAGCUCCUACGUGCUGCUGCUCUUCGCUGUGUACACUUCGGCCUUCGGACUCCUCGCCGGCCUCUCCGUCCCGCUCACUCACCAGUUGCUGUGUUCGGAGGAGCCGCCGAGACUUCACGCCAACUAUCAGGAAAUUUCCCGCGGAGCUUCCACUCCAGGGACCCCUCCAACUGGAGGAAGAGUUCUUUCCCUGUCCCCAGAUGACGCUCCGGGCCCCGCCCUGCGGUGCUCUGGGGGAUGCUCCCCGACCUUGGACACCGUGUUUGGACCAGGUCUGCCUGCGAGGACCCGGCUAGGGCAGGAGCCCGGGAGCGGUGCUGCCGCUGUGGCUGGAGCCUGCAGGCGUGAAAAACGGGGGACUCUCUAUGGCACCAGGAGCUUCACCGUGACCGUAGCGCAGAAGCGCUUCUCUUUGAUCCUUGCUCUGACAAAAGUCAUCCUUUGGCUGCCCAUGAUGAUCCACAUGGUGGUCCAGCACAUCCUGGGGUUUCAGAGCCUUCCCUUUGAGACAUUCAGCUUUCUCCUAACCCUACUGGCCACCACUGUAACUCCAGUGUUUGUCUUGUCCAAACGCUGGACACACUUGCCCUGUGGCUGCAUCAUCAACUGCAAGCAGAACAAAUACACGGUGGCAUCUGACGGGAAAAAACCCAAAAGGAGAUGCUUUGAAUUCAAUCUAUCAUUCCAACAAAGUUAUGGAAUUUAUAAAAUAGCACAUGAAGAUUACUAUGAGGAUGAUGAAAAUUCUAUAUCCUAUCACAACCUCAUGAACUAUGAGUGCAAAACUUCAAAAGACUCUCAGAAAGACACUCAUAAUAUCUUCAAUGCCAUAAAAGUGGAAGUCAGCACCACAACCUCUCUGGACAGCUCCACACUAAAAGGCAUCAACAAAUGCACAAACACUGAUAUUACAGAGGCUAAACAGGAUUUCCACAAUGAAAAGAGUGUUGAUCCACUGCUUUCUGAAAAAACAGAAGGUGAUAUUAAAUAUGAAGAAACCACCUUUUUAGAAGGGCCAGAAAGAAGACUGUCUCACGAAGAGAGUCAGAAACCAGACCUUUCAGACUGGGAAUGGUGUAGGAGUAAAUCAGAAAGAACCCCUCGUCAGCGUUCCGGUGGUGCCCUGGCCAUUCCCUUGUGUGCUUUCCAGGGGACUGUGUCUCUCCAAUCCCCAACUGGGAAAACUCUCUCUCUUUCUACCUAUGAGGUGAGUGCAGAAGGACAAAAAAUAACCCCAGCCUCUAAGAAAAUAGAAGUCUAUCGAUCCAAAAGUGUCGGCCACGAGCCAAACCCAGAAGAUUCUCCCUCCACGUUUGCGGACACCAGUGUGAAAAUACACCUGGAGGUCCUGGAAAUCUGUGAUAACGAAGAGGCCUUGGACACCGUGUCAAUCAUUAGCAACAUCAGCCAGUCCUCCACACAGGUCAGAUCUCCGUCGCUGCGCUACUCACGGAAAGAAAACAGAUUCGUUUCAUGUGACUUAGGGGAAACAGCCUCAUAUUCUCUCUUCCUACCCACAAGUAAUCCUGGGGGGGAUCUCAACAUCUCCAUUCCAGACACGGUGGAAGCACACAGGCAGAACAGUAAAAGGCAGCACCAAGAGAGGGAUGGCUACCAGGAGGAAAUCCAGUUGUUAAAUAAAGCUUACCGGGAAAGAGAAGAAGAAAGUCAGGGUAACUAACGGUCACUUGGCCUAAUAAAGGCAAGAACGGCCCUGCAGUUUCAAACCGCUCAACAACACUCCGUUCUGAGGCUGUUUGAUUCCCUCCUUUAGGUGUCGGUUUACAUAAGCUUUCUAGACGUACUAGUUCAUUGCUUUUAGUGCAAACAGCUGGAACUGGUGCAAACACUAAGUGCUUUUGAUGUGUUACUUAUAGAUCACGCACUGUGGUAACUGAAAGAUGUUGUUUCUUAUCUGAUUUCUAAAAAUCUUUUUAAAAUCAGAUCUUGGUCUAGUUUACGGAUGUUUUCGCCUAUGUUUGUCAACCUCAGGGUAAACAGAAAGCUGUAUAAACUCUAUGAACAUACUGUUCCCAGGCACGUGUUUCUACUCAUAAUGUGGGCCUUGACUGCAAGGAGGGAAAAAUGACAUUUUGGGAAUGGAAGACAUGUAGCAGAACUCGGGGCUGUAUUUGGGGAGGCUUGCCUCAAUGCGGCCAGCACAGCCCGCACAGUACAGGGAUUGCUCCAGCUUUACACUGAUGUCUAGGAAAUGUGUUUCUGUGUAAAAUGGCAAAUUUAGCUUCCCGAUUCAAAACAUGCAUG